AGCAAUGGGACAAUGAUUGAUGAUCUUCACAUCAGAGUUGACAGGGUGGAUGACGGUGCAAAACAGGUAAAAUGUUAUCUAUAGAGCUUUUGCACAUGACGUCACAGCCGCCGUGUCGGUGUUCCAAUUCAAAAGAAUUUUAAUUAGACUCUUUUGUCUGGAACACCAACAUGGCCGCUAUAGAAUUUUUGAGUUGGUCUCUGGGGAAUGAGUUCAAACGCUCUACAGUAUAUUUAAUGAAUUUUCAAUUGUUUCGAAGACGGCCUUGUAAUAAACAACGCGCAUAAAAUCAGGUUAUUAUUAUGUUCACUGAAGCAGAACAAAAAAGGUUCUUAUUAGGCAAGGUAGAUUAUUACGAAUAAAUAGCGCUUUUUUGAAUUACAGCUCGACAUAUUGCUUGACCAAGCUGCUGCAGUAUACCAUCAACUUAGGGAGUUUGGUAGAAAAUGCGGAUUUCUAUUUUUUUAAAAUUGUAAUUCAAACCUCCAUUGACAAGGUUUCCUUUUAUUGACAAUCAGGCUUUUAGCCAGGGUCCUAAAAGAGGGCGUCCAUGGCCAAUUUCGGUACAACGAUACAUCUAUAUAUAUACAGUAAAGGGAGGGGGGAGGGGUUGAGCAAACGUUCCUCUGGAAAACCUUUGAAGUUUACGUUACUUCAUGUCAGUAUCUGUUCCAAGCUUGUUCGCAAAUUUUUCACACACACUUGGCUUUGUGAGUUUGUGCCGCUAUGCUUCUUUAUUCAACUACGACGUUUUCAUUCAGCCAGGUACACCAUCGAAUUGAUCAAAAUGUCAAAUGUAUAAUAAUGAGAAUUGAAGCUAUUUCGUUUCAGAUAUAUUAAUAUAUUUAGGGAAAUAAUUGAAAAUAAUUUCCCUUUUUCCCCAGAAUUUGGGCGUCCAUUUUCCCAGGACGCCUGGACGCCCUUCUGGCUAAAAGCCUGUUGACAAUCCGCAACCCACAUUUUCUACCAAACCGACUGAAGGACCGUUUACAUGAUUCCGAUUUGCCAGGACGGAAUGGAAGGCGGGAUGAUUUUGAUGUAUUGAAAUAGGUCACUAGGCUUAAACGAAAGUUCAAACGCCGGUUAAAGGGACUGGAAUGUUGUCGAGAAGAUCUCGUAGUUCAAGAAGAUUAUUAUUGCGUCUUGAGCAAUCUUUCGUUUGCAAUUAUACUAUAAUCUAUAACUAUAAGAAGAUAAUGCAGGUUUGCUGAAUACGUCAAAAUUAUAUCGCCUCUUAUCCCGUUCCAGCAGAGGGAUCAUGUAAACAGCCCAUUACUCGAAUUAAUUAAUGCAUAACAUUUCCCAGCCAACGAAUUCCUUAUUUGCAUAAAAUUACCCAACAUUUUUUGCGUUUUCAAGUGUAUUCUUUGUUUGAUUGUUUCUCAACAUUUGAAAAUUCAUUAAAUCUGAUAAUGACCUACAGGGUGUCCCAAAAACUAUAAGUUAUAGUAAUUAAUCAACAACAGAGGGAACAUUUUUUGGGACACCCUGCAUGUACAGUAUAUAUUUAUUGAAAUUUGAUUGGAGGUAGUGUUGUGUGAAAUCAUUGAGGUGGAACAACAUGCAGGUACUUAUUCGUUAGAGGUUAUUAUUUUCGUAAUAAUAACCUACCUUGCUUAAUAAGAACAUAUUGUUCUGCUCCAGCGAACAUAAUAAUAACUUGAUUCGUAUUUACUCGAUUAAGCGCCGCAUAUGAGAGCAAAAGUGUUUAAGUGCGCCGCCCUCGAAUAAGCGCCGCCUUCGAAUAAGCGACGCACUUUAUUCACAACAGCGCGGCGCUUAAUCGAAGCACCAUAUGCACCUGAAAAAUUGUUUGCGAUGCCCAACUACGGAAGAAAAUACCUUUGGUAUGAAGUUGCAGUCUUUAGAACGUUUUUCUCUUGCACUUCAGUGUUUUUAAUUUGUUAUAUUUUGUUGUUAAUGUUUAUUGUUAUUGCUUACAAAUAAAAUAUUUUCUAAAGAGCGCCGCCCUCGAACAAGCAUCGCAUCGCUAACAUUAAAAAUUUUUAGGAGCGCCGCGGCGCUUAAACGAAUAAAUACGGUUAUUAUUAAUAAUAAUAUUUUUAUUAUUAGGUUUAUCAUUGUAGUAUGUAUAUAUUAUUGAAAGUUAAUAAAGUUUCCAUUAUUAUAAUUAUAAUUAUAAUUAUAAUAUUAUUAUUAUUUUAUUACAACAAUAAUAUUAUUAAUACUAAUAAUAAUAUAAUAUUUUACAAAGAGCGCCGCCCUCAAAUAAGCGCCGCAUCGUUAACACUGGAAAUUUAAACCCAGCGCCUGUGCUCUUAAACGAGUAAAUACGGUAUGCGUUGUUUAUUUAAAAAUUAGGCCGCCUUCGAAACAAUUCAAAAUUCAUUAAAAUUUUACAGGAACAAAUUGCAGCAAUGUGACUUUAUUUCUCUAUAGUAUGAUCACAAGAGGUCGGUGUUCGUAGGAAAUCUUAUGUUCGGUAGGUUUUAGAAGGAAUUGAUCAUAAUGUUCGCGACGCCAUCUUGCCAAGUGGGGCAAACACAAUAGAGCAACUAUAUAUACCAUGGGCCCAGGGAAAUGUAUUCCUAUUGGGAUGAGGUAAUGGUUUUGCCAUUGUGUUUGCCCCACACAGCAAGAUGGCAUCGCGAACACCGAAAAGACGUAUACAAAUUCAACGCGUACGGUCUUGCAAAAUGCGGGUAAAUUUAUGAUAUUUAAAAAGCAACUAACGCAAAAAUGUCCACUGAAUUAAAAUCUUGUCUUUAAAAAUAUUGUCCGCAUGCAUCUGGGUUGCAUGCGGUACCUCACAAAAUCGUUUUGAUAUUUCAACUUUAUAAGCUGCCAAGGUUUACAGUUGCAUGAGGACUGAGCAUAUGGACUGAGGUAUACUUGAAACAGAUUCGAUUAGAAACACCCUUUGGUUUUUAGAAACACCCUUUGCCGGGGGUUUGAGUUAAUAGACGUUUGCAAUGACGUUUCCCAGCUUUCAUUUAUAAAACUAAUUUUAUUCCGAAAACAGUAUGUAUUUUUGCAACACAUCUAUAUUUUAGAACAGGGCUUGAAAUAACAUUCCCAAAGUUCCCGAUCAUGGUGAUCGGCAGUCACGACUUUCCCUGUUUUUUUCAGAUUGGAAACCCUGCUUUUCCGCCGAUCAUAUAAGCAAUUUCUUGCCGAUCAUGUAUAUAGAAACACAUUUAUUUUAAUGUCAACACGUCUUCUUUGUGUUGUUAAAAUGCUUAUACCUUUUCGGAAUAACAUUAGUUUUAUAUUUGGCAUUAUUUGCUGAAACUACCAGCCGGUAAUUUGAUAGCUUUCAUUUCUUCUAGAUAUCAAGGAAGAAGCAUUGAGCGAGUUUUUUUCUCCGUGUGGUGACGUAUUAAAUGUUCGAGUUAUCAGAGAUUCAACAACGGGAAUUGGAAAAGGCUUCGGCUAUGUCCUUUUUAAGGUAUAUAUACUAUAUAAUGUAUUUGGCAUCUCUGCAAUUGCUAAGACUUCAGAAAUUGGAUGCAACUUUGAAAAUAUUAUUACUUUAAUCAUUUACAAUAAUUCUUUCCUCUAGGAUUCAAGUUCUGUGACCCUUGCACUUAAAAUGAACAAUUCCGAACUUUGUGGACGAAAGAUAAGAAUACAGAGGUCUCAGGAAAACCCCAAAGGUAUUUAUUUAUUUGUUUAGCUUUGCCAGCUAGGACAGGGUCACCACAACAGCAUAUGCCAAUUACUGUGGGCCCUUUUACCUAUAACCCACCCUGUCAACUUUCCCUGUGGGAGGAAACCAGAGAAAACCCACGACUUUUGGCAGAGCGUUGACUUUUAUUCUUUUCGCAUGAGGACUGGGUUCGAGUCGCGUUGGAAAAGUUUCACUGAGAUUUGAGCCUGCGACCUUAGGGGUGAAAGGCAAGUGCGCUAUCCACCGAAGCCCCACAAAGUAGCGUUAAGGUCACAGGACACCCUUUUUGGCGUUUUGCGGAAAAUCGCUACUGCGCGCUCAAAAUCAGUCCGAUUUUAAUCAAAUUUUCACCAAAUGUUCUCCAGUGCAUGCAAAAUAUGGUAAAGUUGUAAAAUUAAAAUCUUAAAUCGCGGUACCGUUACGCUUUUGAGUUGUGCUCCUGCUGGUUUUAAGUUAUAUUUAUGAAAAUAUCAUUUUUAUACAGUAAAAUAGUUGUUCUAAAAAAUUGUGUUCGGAAAUUUUUGUUUAUUUCGUCAUUCCGCUGAUAUGGCAAUUUCUUUGAAGACUGCAAUAUAUUUCUGAAUUGUUUGAGUGAAUUGCUCUUUACUUUUAAAAUAUCCAAAAUUUAAAAAAAGCCGAACACAGUUUUGAAACUGACGUAUUUAACUAUGUCCUGUGAAAAUUUGAGAAAAAUUGGUUAAAACCCGCAGGAGCACAACUCGUUUGAAAAUCAGUAAUUAUACCGUAAAAUUUUUCCGGAGAAAAUUGAAUUUGAAUAUUACAUUUUCAAUGUUUUUCCUAUUGCAGCGAAAUGUAUUUUAUUAAAUAACUCUGCGAGUUUUCAACAUUUUUCGUUCAAACUUGGUCAGAUAGUAGAACUAGUCUAAUGCUUUCAUUGAAACCAAUAAAAAAAAUUUUAGGCAAAAUUAACACUCAAAGGUGUUCUGUAACCUUAAAUGUUAAGUAUUAUUAAAUGUUUUAGAAGAAGAUAAUCUAGUUUACGAUAUUUUACUCCUGAUGAAAUGCAUAAACUUUUAACUGUUAUUUUGUAGUUAACUCGUAAAUACGCAAUUAUGAUUGGUUAAUUUUCCCACUAACUGUAGUUAACUUUAAGGUGGCUCAAUACAGUUUUCUAUAAAAUUGAAAGUUUGCCGUUUAGAUCCGUAUUUUUGGACUAUUUUUACUUGAUGAAAAAUAAAAGUAUUUUACUGAUGUAAAACAACUUCCAAAGGGUUCGAUGCUAUGGCAACAAUGACGUUUCAAGAUGGCGGAUAUCUUGGCUUUAAAAGACAUUUAACUCGAAAACGAUAUCGGUGACCCCCAAAUUUUAUUUCAUGCAUAAAAUGACUUCUCUUAGUAUUCCCAAUUAUCUUAAAAAAUUCUAUUCAACGAAUUUUUUUCAAAUUACGUAAAUGUGAUUAUUCAUUAAUAAUUAUAAAUUCCCAAAUGGUAAAUUGCUUAAAAUUGGUAAAAACCAUAUUAAAUAUUUACCAUUAUAAUGGUAUUUUAAAAUUUUCUUCUUCUUAUAUAAAUAAUCUUGUUCAACAGCUCGAAUCAAAGUUCUCAUAAAUUCUUAUUGUGAUUCUUUGCGGGCAUUAUGUUGCUAGGUUCGUCAACAUCGAAAGAAGGAAAGCAAAAGAAGUUCAGCGGCAUGCAAGCCAAGGAGAAAUUUUACCAGAAAAGAAAAAUGCUGAAACAACAAAGGAAAUUUGGGCUAUCAACCUCACAGAAAACUCCAUCGAAAUUAAAUAAGAGGAACAAUGAAAGGACGUCGUUUAAACAGAAGAGAAAAGGAAAAUAGUUUGGAUGUAAUGUACAGUUAUUGUAAAACCCGUAGCAAGCUUGUUAACAAGUUUUGACACUGCUGUCCCAACAACUUUGUCAACAAGAUGUGUUUGCAAUAGGUUUGUAACAAGCUUGUCAACGAGUUGUGACAAUGCUGUUCUCGACAACUUGUCAACAAGAUGUGUUUGUUUGUAGCAAGCUUGUUAACAAGUUGUGACAAUGCUGUUCCAACAACUUGUCAACAAGAUGUGUUUGCAAUAGGUUUGUAGCAAGCUUAUUAACAAGUUGUGACAAUGCUGUUCCGACAACUUGUCAACAAGAUGUAUGUCAAUAGGUUUGGAGCAAGCUUAUUAACAAGUUGUGACAAUGCUGUUCCGACAACUUGUCAACAAGAUGUGUUUGCAAUAGGUUUGUAGCAAGCUUGUUGACAAGUUGUGACAAUGCUGUUCCGACAGCUUGUCAACAAGAUAUCUCCUCAACAGGCUUGUAGCAAGCUUGUUAACAAGUUGGACAAUGCUGUUCCAACAACUUGUCAACAAGAUGUCUCCUCAACAGGCGUGUAGCAAGCUUGUUAACAAGUUGUGACAAUGCUGUUCCAAUAGGCAAUUCCAGCUUUUAGCUUAUGCGUGCAGGGGACGAGGGGAAGUAAGGUAUUAUAUUGCUGAUUAUGUUGAAAAAAUAAAAAUGGUGGCCGUGUAAACAUGGAGUGAUAGCUUAUACUUGUAAAUAUUGAAAUAUUUCGGUUGUUUCGGUAGUUUUCAUUGAAAUUUUUCAGCAUAAUCAGCAAUAUGAUACCUUACUUCCCAUCAUCCCCUGCAGGCAUAAACUAAAAGCUGGAAUUGCCUAUAACGUGUCAACAAAAUGUCUCCUCAACAGGCUUGUAGCAAGCUUGUUAACAAGUUGUGACAAUGCUGUUCCAACAACUUGUCAACAAGGGUGAAGAGUCAUAAAAACGCACAAUUUGUUACAGGUCUGCAAACAAGUUGUUACAAAUCUGUUCACAAGCUGUCGACAAGUUGUAUUCGCACUGCUUGUUUCCAGUUGUUGGAACAAGGACAACUAUAUAAAAGAACAACUAUUUUUUAAUUGUAUAGAGCUCGACAACUGUCUCUCUAUAGUUCAGUUGGUCAGUGACGGAAAUCUCGUUGCCCCCACCCCACCCACUGCACCGGAAUCCCUGCAGUCCUGCAAUCCUGCAAUCCUGCAGUCCUGCAAUCCCUGCAUAAUCCCUCAACAAUUAUAAUUCAAUAAAAAGUUUAUGGAGGUUCUGUUUGUUUGAAAUUGGCAGUGUUAAUUAAAAUUAUACCAAACCCAAUAUAAAAUAUAACUGUCUUGAAAUAGUUUGUCGGACGGUACCUAGCGAUAUCUGGUUGCGAGGUGAACUAAAAAAUUUUGACCCCCUUUCGCGAUCGGGGUAAAUUUUUUCCAAACAUUUUGCGAUUAUGGGGGUCAAAAAUACUUUUUCAGACCGUUUUCGACCUCAAUUUUUCGGAUUUAAUUUUCAACACGUUCCGCAAUUCCAGCAUUCCGGGGCCCCCUCUGGGGAAGUUGAGUCCCCUUUCUUGACUUUUCUUGGGGGGCGUUACACCCUACAUACACUCCCAGUAGAUGUUUUAGUAAAAUUUUGGUAAAAUGUUUAGACUGAGAUUAAAACAAUUAAGUAAUUUUUUGGUAAAAUUCGUGUUUGAAUGGUAUCUUGUAAAAUAGAGAUGUUAUUCUCUAGCUUGCAAAAACACGGAAUAGGAGAAAAUACUGGGUUUUUAGGCCAAAAUAGUCAACCUAGUUGCCUUGUCGAAGCCAUGAUUGCACUGUUGGUUUUUGAUGAAAACAUUUACCUAAUACUAAUCAAACUUCUAAUAUAUCGAUCAACCUUCCCCGGGGCCAGGGUGGAAAGUUUCGGCGUGGAAAAUUCACAAAUUUGCUCCAUUUUGGCGCAGAAUUAUGGGAAAAUGAACUGGUGUGGCGAACUGGCAUACGAAAAUUUAUUUAGUUAUGCACACUACAACGUUCUCAACCAUUUCUGUUUGUAUUUCAGCCAUUUAAUAACGGGAAUUUGAUUGAGCACUGACUGUGAAUAUGUUUAAAACAGGAUUUGUGCAGCCACUGGCGCAUGUUACUGAACCUUGAUCAAAUCUUCCGCGCACAAAAAAACAAACCUUCCACCCUGGCCCCCGGGUCUUCGUGGUGAUGUGUAUAUUGUCACCAUGGUGAUGUGUAUAUUAGGGCCAUUUAUACGAGACAGAAUAAGACGCGACUUACAUAAGACGCGACUUAAAUAAGACGCGAGUUUGUCGUAUAAAAGGCACAAAAUUCUUAUGUAAGACCACAGGCAGCCCAAUCUCGCAAGAGUCAGUAUAUACUUAUAGUAUAAAAUGUAUAUUAUAUUAAUGUAUAUUAUAGUAAAAAUAUGUCGUAAAAUAUAAAUUUUAAAAUGAAAUUGACUUGCCUAUUUGGUAGUGUGUGUUCUCCUUUUAUUCCUCCUUUGUUGGACUAAUAUUUUCCGAGACUUUGUACUCGAUGUUACUAGUAUACAUGAAACAUGAUAAAGGCUAACGAUUCCCGAUCGUCGAUACGACGGCACGGCACUUCGAAUCGAAAAUUCUCACACUCAAAUCGCUUUAUUCUCCAAAAAAAUUCGCCAGCAUGUACAACAGAUGCCGUUCUUCGAAAAUACGGAGAUACUUCGGCGAGAUGUACAAGUUUUGGACCAUAUUUUAACAAUGGAAAUCAAAACCCAUUUUAUAUUGAACUUGCCCAGGCCGAAAAUUACUACGGCGAACGUCUGCGCAA